AUGGAGGUAAACUGUCUAACACUAAAAGACCUGAUCAGCAGGCCGCCCAGACUAGAUUUUGCAAUUGAAGAUGGGGGAAAUGCACAAAAGGAAAAUAUAUUUGUUGAUCUCUCAAGGAUGGCCCCAAAGACGCCAAUAAAAAAUGAGCCAAUUGACUUGUCAAAGCAAAAAAUCUUCACUCCAGAAAGAAAUCCCAUCACUCCGGUUAAGCUUGCUGACAGACAGCAGGUAGAACCAUGGACGCCCACCGCUAACCUGAAGGUGCUCAUUAGCGCUGCCAGCCCGGACAUAAGAGACCGAGAGAAGAAAAAAGGACUGUUCAGGCCCAUUGAGAACAAAGAUGAUGCGUUUACAGCCUCCCUGCAGCUUGAUGUUGUGGAUGACAGUGCUGUGGAUGAGUUUGAAAAGCAAAGGCCAAGCAGAAAACAGAAAAGUUUAGGACUCCUGUGCCAGAAGUUUCUAGCUCGCUAUCCAAGUUACCCUCUGUCAACUGAAAAAACUACCAUCUCCCUAGAUGAAGUUGCUGUCAGUCUCGGCGUUGAAAGGAGACGCAUCUAUGACAUUGUAAACGUGCUGGAGUCGCUGCAUCUGGUCAGCCGGGUGGCCAAGAAUCAGUACGACUGGCAUGGUAGGCACAGCCUGCCCAAAACCCUAAGGAACCUCCAGAGAUUAGGAGAAGAGCAGAAAUAUGAGGAGCAGAUGGCACACCUCCAGCAGAAAGAGCUCGACCUGAUAGAUUAUAAAUUCGGAGAACGCAGAAGAGAUGGCUGUCCCGAUUCCCAAGAUCCACAGUUACUGGAUUUCUCCGAAGCAGACUACCCCUCCUCAUCUGCAAACAGUCGGAAAGACAAGUCUCUGAGAAUUAUGAGCCAGAAGUUUGUCAUGCUGUUCCUGGUCUCCAAAACCAAGAUAGUUACUCUUGAUGUGGCUGCCAAAAUACUGAUAGAAGAAAGCCAAGAUACGCCAGACCAUAGUAAAUUUAAAACAAAGGUACGACGCCUCUAUGACAUAGCCAAUGUGCUGACCAGCUUGGUGCUGAUAAAGAAAGUGCACGUCACGGAAGACCGAGGCCGGAAACCUGCCUUCAAGUGGAUCGGCCCUGUGGAUUUCAGUUCCACGGAUGACGAUCUCGUGGAUGUUUCUACACCUGUCCUACCAGAAUUGAAAAAAGAAAUAUAUGGCCACGUUCAGUUCUGUGCAAAACAGAAACUUGCUCGACACAGCUCUUUUAACUCAGAGCAGGCUUCUGAGAGGAUACAGAGGAAAGUGAACUCAGAACCCAGCAGCCCUUACAGACAAAAACAAGGAUCAGGAAGUUACUCCUUGGAAAUUGGAAGUCUGGCAGCUGUCUACAGACAGAAAAUAGAAAACAACUCAAAGGCGGAAGCUUUUGCCAGUCAGAGCGCGAUGCCUCCAUCGAGCAGCCUGGACCCCGCGGCUCCUCUCCCCAGCCUGUGUGUUGACUCGGAAUACUGUGUGAACCCCUUGUCCGGCCAAGUCCUCCCUGCAGCCCAAACAGAGUCGAAGGCCUUGUCCGCGCAGAACGGUCUGAGCGGCGGCGGCGGCGGCGGCGUCUCCCUGGCCCCCGCGGCGCCGGACGGGGAGCCCCUGCCGUCGGCCCUGGCGGCCGCCCGGCCCCUGCUCUACGUGCCGCCCGCCCCGCUGUUGAUGCUGUGCGGGGGCCUGCAGGAGGGGCCGCCGGCGCCAGGCGCGGGCUCCGAGGGCGCGGCGGCAGAGCAGCCCCCCGCGCCCUCAGGUCAGAAGCGCCUGAGCAGGGACUGGAAGCCCCAGCAGGAGGACGAGGCGCCAGCCACCAAGAGACAGAGCAGGGACCACGGGGCCGGUCCCCUCGCCCUUGUGAUGCCCAAGAAACCUUCAGAUUCCACAGACAUUGCCUCUCCCAAGACCUCCGCACCCCAUGAAGACACUCACAUGAACAGGCAACUUUCUGCUACAAAAGCAGUUUUGGGAAAGGCUACCACAAAUGGCUUCGUCUAUUCUGAGUGGGAAAAUCCUUCUAGAAAUACAGAGAUAGAAAAGCCUUUGAAGGAAAAUGAGAGCACCAAAGAGCCCUCUCUGCUGCAAUAUCUUUAUGUGCAGUCGCCAGCAGGAUUAAAUGGUUUCAACGUGCUCCUGUCUGGCAGUCAGAGGCCCCAUGCUGUGGGCCUGCCCGUGGGCCCGCUGCCCCCGCUCAGCGUUCCGUGCGUGGUCGUGCCGUCGCCGACGCUGGGUGCCUUUCCUGUUCUGUGCUCUCCCACGGUGCCCGGGCCGGGGUCCUCUGCUCCCAGCCCUCUCCCGAACGCGGGACCUGUGAAUUUUGGCUUGCCUGGCCUCGGAUCGACAGCUCACCUUCUCAUCGGCCCUGCCGCCCUGGUUAACCCAAAGUCGUCCACACUCCCCUCCACCGACCCUCAGCUUCAGGGGCCAUGCUCACUUCACCUAAGCCCGGGGAUGUCAAGGUCACAUGGCAACGUGCAGCCGGGAUCCCCCGCUUAUGGAGGUCACCCAGCCCCCGCAGUAAAAUCACAACAGUCUCCAGUUCCAGUGACCCCCAAGAGCAUCCGGUGCACACACCAAGAGACGUUUUUCAAGACGCCUGGCAGCCUCGGGGACCCUGUCCUCAGGGGAAAAGAAAGGAAUCAGUCACGAAGCUCCAGCUCGGCACAGAGGAGACUGGAAAUCCCCAGCGGGGGUGCAGACUAA